GAUCUAGGCGCCGGUGGUUCCCGGGGCGGAGAUGGCUGUCACCCUGCAGCGCAUCGAGCAGCUGUCCAGUCGGGUGGUGCGCGUGUUGGGCUGUAACCCGGGGCCCAUGACCCUGCAGGGCACCAACACGUACCUGGUGGGGACCGGCAGCAGGUCCUGUUACUUACACCUUCUAUGUUCUUAAUGCCAUUUCGGGCCCUAUGUAGGACCUUACGCUCCCCUGAGCCAGCGUGCCCAUAUGCAGAAGAGUUUACAGUGUCUUCCAGAAGUCUGUCCACCAGUAAAGAUUCACCGUAAGGUCGCUGUCCUCCUCCCCAACACUGAAUUUUUUAUCACAGUCGUGAAGUUAGUUGUGAGAAUCCUCAUUGACACUGGGGAGCCAUCAGUUCCAGAAUAUAUCAGCUGUCUAAAGCAAGCGUUGGUUGAAUUUGGCACAGCGAUCCAGGAAAUCCUGGUGACUCACUGGCAUCACGACCACUCCGGGGGGAUAAUGGAUAUUUGUCAAAACAUCAGCAAUGACACUGCCUACUGCGUUAAGAAACUUCGACGGAAUCCUCAGAGAGAAGAAACCAUAGGAAACGGUCAACAGCAGUAUGUUUACAUAGAAAACGGAGAACUGAUUAAGACUGAGGGAGCCACUCUCAGAGUUCUAUACACUCCCGGCCACACUGAUGAUCACAUGGCUUUAAUCCUGGAAGAGGAAAAUGCCAUCUUUUCUGGGGAUUGCAUCCUAGGAGAAGGGACAACAGUAUUUGAAGACCUCUAUGAUUACAUGAACUCCCUAAAAGACUUACUCAAAAUCAAAGCUGACAUUAUAUAUCCAGGACAUGGCCCAGUAAUCUAUAAUGCAGAAGCUAAAAUCCUGGAGUACAUUUCUCACAGAAAUAGCCGAGAAGAGCAAAUUAUUACAAUAUUCCGUGAUAACUUCGAGAGAGCAUUUACAGUGACUGAGCUUGUGAAGAUUAUUUACAAGAAUGUUCCAGAGAAUUUACAUAAGGUGGCGGAGCGUAACCUUUUGCUUCAUUUGAAAAAACUAGAGAAAGAUGGAAAAAUAUUUUACAUCAUAAAUCCUGACAAGAAGUGGAAAGCUGUCCUUUAGCUGCGGAUCAAUGAAGCUCUCUUAUUUUGCUUUUAGAGGAUGAUAUGUUUUCUUAGGUAUAGAUUAUUUAUAGAGAAUAUUGAAUGGAGGAUUUUGAAAAUAACCCUGGACCUUUGUAAAAUAUGUAAAUUACAUUAUAUAUCCGUAGAACAAAUUACCGAUCUAACCCUGAUCUUGGGAACAUUUUAACCAAAACUUUAGAAUCUAACACUUCAUCAGUUUCCUAUAGCUUAAGUAAAAUGGUCACUUCAGAAUAAUACAUUUUGCGUAGUUCAAACCAGUUAGUACUUUCAGGUUUGGAUAUGCACUAGCAUUUGCUAGUAAUGCUGUUUUCAGCACAGAUGUCUGCAUACUCCUUUCUUCAACUUGUCUAACCUCUUACAUACCAAGUUUAUUUCCAGUUUCUAUCAGUUAUAUCAUUUAAGUAUUUGUUCUACAGCUCUAUGUUAUGUUCAUUUUCUUAUAAUGGUAUCCCAAAAAUUAUUCAUAAGAUGAUCAUUGAGAAAUAUUAAAUAUACCAACUUGAAA